AUGACACUGCUAGAGUUUGGAAUGCAUGUUAAGUUUGUGCAGUUGAUAAUGGAAUGUGUGACCACUGUUAGCUAUUCCUUGCUACUAAAUGGAGACGUGACAGCUAAAUUCCAAGGAAAGAAGGGGUUAAGACAAGGAAAUUCAAUGUCUCCUUAUCUGUUUGUAUUGGUGAUGGAGUACCUAAACAUGGCUUUGAAGAAUUUAAAGGUCAAUCCAAACUUUAAUUACCAUCCAAGAUGGGCCAGAAAUAACAUCACCCACAUAUGCUUUGCUGAUGAUUUGAUUCUAUGUUGUAGAGCAGAUAAGGUUUCUAUCAAAUUUCUAUUGGACGGAUAUCAUUUCUCUAAGGUGUCGGGCCUUAAGGCUAAUAUGGAGAAGAGUGCUCUAUACAUUGUUGGUGUCACAAGGGAGUUCAAAAAAAUGAUCUUAUAA